AUGGCACUGCACAGCUCCCCCAUGCUGGACCUUGCGGGUGAUGGCCUGUAUGGUCUCCCCACAUUGCCUCUUUGGGCUGAGCCAAGCCGGGUUAUGUGGGCUGCCUGGCCACCAGGCCUGGCUCAAGGUGUAGGUCCCAGUGACCCUCUCCUAGGCAGGAAGAUCAUCAGGAAUUCCAAGUCUGCCCUGAGAAAGUAUAGGCGAAACAGUGUUGUUCAGUUGAGCAGAAGUACAAUACAUGGCAUGGAUUUCAGGGAGUUGCACGUCGCCCGUGCCAUGGAGUUCACCACUCACGAGAUCAACAAAAGAACAGAUCUCCUGCCGGGAAUCACGUUAGGAUACCAGAUACGCGACCCAUGCGCUUCCAUACCUAUGGCAAUCAAGCUCGCGUAUCAAUUAGCGAACGGUGUGGAGUCAGUUUUCAACCACACUGAUUCCCGUUCAAAAUCCGCGUCAGCUGCUGUACCUGCUGUCAUAGGAGAGUCUGGCUCCACACCUUCAGUUAGCAUGGCCAGACUGUUGGUCUCUUUGGAAUUCCACAGCAUGGAUUUCAGGGAGUUGCGCAUCGCCCGCGCCAUGGAAUUCACCACUCACGAGAUCAACAACAGAACAGAUCUCCUGCCGGGAAUCACGUUAGGAUACCAGAUACGCGACUCUUGCGCUGCAGUGCAGAUGUCAAUAAAAGCUACAUUUCAGUUGGCGAACGGUGUGGAGUCAGUUUUCAACGACACUGAUUCCUGUUCAAAAUCCGCGUCAGCUGCUGUACCUGCUGUCAUAGGAGAGUCUGGCUCCACACCUUCAGUUAGCAUGGCCAGACUGUUGGGUCUCUUUGGAAUUCCACAGGUGAGUCACUACGCAACCUGCACAUGUCUGAGCGAUAAGCUCCAGUAUCCUGCCUUCUUCAGGACCAUACCAAGUGACCACCACCAAGCGGCCGCACUAGCAAAACUAGUCAAGCACUUUGGCUGGACAUGGAUUGGGGCAGUGCGCAGUGACUCAGACUAUGGAAAUUAUGGAAUGGCGUCGUUUCUAAAGGCUGCGCAGGAGGAGGGAAUCUGUGUGGAGUACUCCGAGUCCUACUACAGAACACAACCGCGCAGUAAACUGGAGAGAGUGGCGAACGUCAUCCGGAGAUCAACAGCGCGGGUAAUAGUAGCGUUUCUUGCCGCAACAGAAAUGAGAGUUCUCAUGGAGGAGCUGGCAAGACAGCCUCCGCCCCACCUUCAAUGGAUAGGAAGCGAAACGUGGAUCACUCAACAAGAUCUUCUAAAAUAUAACAUGUGCGCUGGGGCGAUAGGAUUUGGGAUCCCCCGCUCGGUGAUUCCAGGUUUCCGUGAGUUUCUUCUGGAUCUCUCUCCAGCACAAGCACUGAAAUCUCCUCUGCUGACGGAGUUUUGGGAGAGCUCGUUCAGCUGUAGCCUAAAAGGCUCCUCAGGGGGCGCGCGAGAAUGUAACGGCAGCGAGGAUAUCCGCGCGCUGCAGAACCCGUAUACAGACACGUCGCAGCUGCGCAUCACUAACAUGGUGUAUAAAGCUACGUAUGCCAUAGCGCAUGCCAUCCACGGUGUUAUCUGUAAUGACACGCAGUGCGACAAGAGCGCUAAAUUCACACCAUGGCAGAUACUCAGUCAGCUCAAGAGAGUGAACUUCACUACAAAAAAUGGUUUUCAGGUCACGUUUGACUCCAAUGGUGAUCCAGUAGCCAUAUAUGAGCUCAUAAACUGGCAGGUUAAGAAAGAUGGCUUAAUAGAUUUUGUCACAAUUGGCCGUUAUGACUCAUCCAAACCAAGAGGACAAGAAUUCAGUAUAAGUAAUGCUAUCAUAUGGCUGGGGGGACAGACUGAGGUGCCGGUGUCUGUGUGCAGUGAGAGCUGUCCUCCAGGAACCAGGAAGGCUGUGCAGAAAGGAAAGCCAGUCUGCUGCUAUGACUGUAUACCAUGUGCAGAAGGAGAGAUCAGCAACAAGACAGAUUCUUUGAACUGUGUACAAUGUCCUCAUGACUUCUGGCCUAACGUCCAGCGAGACAGCUGCCUCCCCAAGCCUGUGGAGUUUCUGUCCUGGGACGACACUCUGAGCAUCAUCCUGACAGUGUUCUCGAUCGCUGGGGCCUUAAUAUCUGCAUGUGUGGCUGCUGUUUUCUGCAAACACAAAACUUCUCCCAUUGUCCGAGCCAACAACUCAGAGCUGAGCUUCCUGCUGCUCUUCUCACUGACUCUGUGUUUUCUCUGCUCACUUACUUUCAUUGGCCAGCCCUCUGAGUGGUCCUGUAUGUUACGUCACACAGCGUUUGGGAUCACCUUCGUCCUCUGCAUCUCCUGUGUUCUGGGGAAAACAAUGGUGGUGUUAAUGGCCUUCAGAGCUACACUUCCAGGCAGUGAUGUCAUGAAAUGGUUUGGGCCUCCACAGCAGAGACUCAGUGUCCUCACCUUCACUCUCAUACAGGUAAAGAAGAACACUUGUUUGUGGCCACCACACAAACAGGAUGAAAUUGUAAAAGUACUAAGAUCACAGGAACCACCUGGAGCACAUUGGAUUCCAUAUGGAAUACACAUAAUAUUAAGCAAAGUUUGA